AUGUCUACAGGAAUAGCAAAUGAUCUGAAGCUCCCGAAGAAGCUGAUUGAGCAGCUUGGUGGAGAGAAUGUUCUUUCCGGAGAUCGCAAAUUACGUCCUCAAGGCGGCACGAGAAAAAAAUUGCGUAAAGCAGCGCGAGUAGAGAAGAAGUCUUCACGGAACGGACCUCCUGAAACGAAGAGAAGAAAGGUCCAACAUGUAGUCGAGUCUAUCGGGAACCUGGAGGAACGAACUCACGACCCACCACCACCACCACGAGACCUUUCGAGAGAAGAGGCUGAUCACCCUUCCAAGCCAAAAUCGAUCUUGAAACGGUCCAAGAAAAUCGAUCAUCCACCAAGAGAUAACAAGUCAUCGCCUUCAAUAUUACCGCAUACCAACGUUUCGAAGGCUGUCAAGGACAAAUUGGCCGAGGACGACGAGGAGAUUGCUGCUCUGGAGAAGAAGUUAGGCAUUAGAGGGAAAAACUUGCCACAAUCUUUCAAAGAUGAUGGACUCGACGAAUUGCUGGAGGGCUUGGGUGGAGAGGAGGAUACUGAUGCUCAGCAAAAGAAGAAGAGGAAGUCAGAGGGCGAUGAAUGGCUAGAACAAAAACGAAGAAAGGCCCGAAAAUUGGUUCAGUGCCAAGUGCCCAAUAUGGAAGACGAGGACGACGAAGGCAGCGAUUCACUGGGGGAAACAGAAGACCCUGAGGACGGUGAUGGUGCAUCAGACAUGUCAUUGGAUGGGCCACAAUUCCCGGACGAUAUUUCGGAAGAGGAUGAAAGCGAGCUGGGCAGUGGAGGAGAUAUCCUCGAUGCAGACAACGACUUUGACGGGUUUGACUCUGAUGGCAAUGAUGAUGAUGACAAUAUGGGCACCGCGGAGACUUCUACUCGGGUUCGGGAGAAUCCUUAUGUUGCACCUAUUACUGGAGGUGAUGCCUCGGUUCAGAAGUAUAUCCCACCAUCCCUACGGAAAGCAGCAUCGUCUGAUUCGGAGGCAUUAGUCCGCCUGCGACGACGAGCCCAGGGGCUGGUCAAUAGGCUGACGGAAGCCAACUUGACUUCAAUCCUUGGGGAUAUUGAAAAACUUUACCUUGACAAUCCGCGGCAACACGUCACUUCCACUCUGGUUGAUAUAUUAUUGACAUCUGUUUGCGAGCCUACGAGUUUACCUGAUACACUCAUCAUUCUGCCCGCCGGGUUCAUUGCAGCUAUUUACAAAAUUGUUGGCACGGACUUUGGAGCACAGGCCAUGCAAAGGACUGUUGAGCUUUUUGAUCAGCAUUACGCGCAUGCUACUAGUGCAGUCCAAGAUGGUCCGGCAGCUGCUACGACUGACAGCAGUAAGGAGACUUCAAAUCUCAUCAUGCUCCUCUCAGAAAUGUACAACUUUCAAGUUGUCGGAAGCAAUUUGAUCUUUGAUUACAUACGACAGUUUCUGAGCAAGCUAUCUGAGUUGAAUGCGGAAUUGUUACUGAAAGUAAUCCGCACGUCUGGGCCCCAGCUACGGCAAGACGACCCGUCGUCAUUGAAAGAUAUUGUUGCAUUGCUACGACCUGCUGUGACAAGUAUUGGUGAAGUAAACCUUUCGGUGCGAACAAAGUUUAUGAUCGAGACUAUCAAUGAUCUAAAAAACAAUCGAAUGAAGAUUGGAGGGGCUGCGUCGGUUGUCACAUCAGAGCACACCAUACGAAUGAAGAAGAUCCUUGGAUCCUUAAACACACGAACCGUCAAAGCGAGCGAGCCUCUCCGGAUGGGAUUAAAAGAUAUUCAAGAAUCCGGCAAGAAAGGAAAAUGGUGGCUUGUUGGAGCUAGCUGGUCUGGGAAUUCGGUGGAGAAGGACAAUGGUCUUGGAGUUGCUGGGUCUACCAGCAAAACAGCUCUCACAUUUGAAGAUGCUAGCUCUUCCGAUCUCGUCCAACUCGCUAGAGAGCAACGCAUGAACACAGACAUCCGAAGAGCGAUUUUCGUUGCUAUCAUGUCUGCCACCGAUUACCAAGACGCGUAUUCACGGCUGAUGAAACUCAAGCUGAAAAAGGUACAAGAAUUCGAGAUUCCGAAGGUCUUGAUCCACUGCUCUAGUGCCGAGAAGAUGUACAACCCCUAUUACACUUUGAUUUCUAAAAAGGUAUGUGGAGACAGAAGACUUCGAACGGCAUUCCAGUACUGCCUGUGGGACCUCUUCAAGAAAAUGGGCGAAUUGGACAACGACGAUGAUGGGGGAGAGGAGGAUGAGGAAAUCCUAGAAACGAGACAAAUCGUCAACCUUGCCAAAAUGUUCGGAACGCUCUUGGUCGAAGGUGGCUUGGGUCUUGGUGUUUUGAAGAACCUCAACUUAAGCUACCUUCAGCCAAAGACAAAGACUUUCAUGGAGGUGUUAUUCGUCACUGUUUUGCUGCAGUCACAGAGACAGUCUGAGUCAAAAAGGGAUGAGCAGGCUGUUGUGAACAUCUUUACCAAAGCUAAAAAUACGCCUCAGCUGGUCAUAGGCUUACAGUACUUUUUGCAGAAGAUUGUGAGUAAGACAGAUAUUGCAGGUGACAAGGAGCAGAAAGCUACGGUGAAAUGGGCUUGUGAGAUAGCGGGAGAUAGCCUUGAGGAGUAGGCUGCCAUAGACACAGUCCAGGACUGAAUACUAAAGAGCUGUGAAGGCAUCGUUGCCACUCCUUAACACUGGUUCCUCCAACUGAAGUUGGACCAAGCAAUUUUGGUAUUCCAUACCUAGCAAAACGCUCCAGAACCAAUUUUCGUUUCUAAAAAAAACAAAAGCAGCAAAGC